AACCUAGCAACCGCUUGUGGCUUGCGGCUCGAAGAUUCCUGGGCGGCCGUCUCGUAUCUAGUUCGUGUUAUAACGUUUUAAGGCACGGAAACAGAUAUAUUGCAUUGGAUACCAUUGGAAUAGAAGGCUUCUUGUAAGUAAACAGCAACAGCCAGGUUUGCGGCAUCAUGGUGGCUCUGCUGCACAAGAAGAGAGGGAAACAGCUGGGAAAGACAUAGCAAUAGGGAUUCAUCUUAAAGGGAUACAACUGACAUUUCUGUAGCCACAGUGUUAAUUCUACAACAUGAGAAAUCAAGGAUGUGCUGAAAUCUUGAUUGGCUUUGGCAAGGGCUGCAGCACUGGCACCAUUCUCACUGAUCAAGGCAAAGAUAUCACUGUUCUCAGAAAUCAGCCUUACAGGACAAAUGUUGCAAAGAAGUUAGAGUGUAGGAUCCCUCUUGGUGCCAGACCAAUGCAUAAAAGUACACUGAUACUGGAAGGGCCAGAGGCUGCUAUAGAUUAUACAAGCUCUUAUAACCAAUGUUUCACUAAUCAGAAAAUACAACCUAUUAUCAAACAUACUGGUUACCCUGAUGAAAUAAAACAUCUGGGUAUGAAUAUAGGAAGAAAAGGACACUCAACUACUCACAAAGAAGCAUUCUGUUUGAAAGAAUUUAUGCCUCACAGCAUUCUAAAUAAAGAGUCAAUGGAAAAUCGGACCAAAGGUGCUCAGGGCCUAGCAAUGAAAGAAAUAACCAACCCAACAGGAUCAAGUCAAAAUUAUUCCACAUCUUAUUCUUCUGCACAUGAUAUCAGAUGCUUGGAUCCAUCAUCCUGUGCUAAUAUUUCUGAAUUUCAUCCAAAGAGGCGUACUCACAAUAUCAUUACUGGCGAAGAAUUAUCCAAUGUUCAUCUAACAAACUACAAGAGGAAGUCAGAAGAAUGGCUACAGCAAUAUUCAAGGAGACGUUGUGCACUCAGCCCAGGCAAGAAAAGUCUUUCAAGGUCAGCAGGGGACAGAAGCCAUUUGGUACCCAGAGACAAGAUGAGGAUGUAAUUGAAGGAUGCAAGACAUGCACACCAACUAAGGGACAAUUACUUUACUGGCUUUGAAGUAUCAUCAGUUGUUAUAUUGUAGUUUCUAUUGACUUUUAAAAUCUGUAUUGUGAAUGAUGAUUGCUUUUGCAAAUAAGAAAUCUGAACAUACACAAUUAUACCAAUUAAUCAAUAUCUAUUACUGCUAGUCAAUUCUGUAUAAAAAUGUAAUUUAUCUGUUCUGACUUCAGAACAGUGUGGUAGAGGGUGCAUAUUGUUCUUAUGCACAAGUAAAUAAAGCGAUUGAGGAACAAGUGUGAGUUUUAUGCAUCUAGUUAAUUAGCAAAUACUCUAGGUUUCAGAAAUAAAGAAUGAAUUCUGGAAAAAGCUCAAUAAGCUUAAUUGUUUUAAAGACUCCCAGACAAUAUUUCUUCCCAGCUGAUUGUAUUAUUAUCAGCUUUGAAAUCCAUUUCAGUUCAUGAAAUGGUGGAAAACAAUACUGCAUCUUGUUUUAAAUGUUAAUUCUCAUAUGCAUUAAAAUGGUGUUUCAACA